UAUACGCAAAUUUCUGCCAUAUCCUACCUUUAGAACCCUAAAAGAAGGAAUUGCAACCUCUGAAUCGUGAACUGAGUUGAAAAGGGUUGACCCUUUGGUAAAUUUUCCAACUCAUAUUUACUGUGAAAUGUUAUAUCCAUCAUGGCUUCUUUGAAUCUUCCUCAUUUUCCGCUACUACAGAAAGAAAAAGGGUAAUUUUUUGUAUUGGAUAAGCCUUUAGUUUUGAAUCUUCCUUUCUGUCAGCACCACCACAAACUCCUAUUCCCCUUGAGCCAAAAUAUAAGUUAUAUAUAGCCAAUUUACUCCAAACAAAUUUAACCAGCCAUAUUUUAGGGCAUUCCUUCUUUCAAAGGUCUCAUCAGGAAGGUAAAUAAAAGUUGGACUUAAAAGAACCAACGUUUUCAUCUGGGUUCUUUUGAAUUUCAACGCCUUCAUUUUUCAAAUUCAUUAUCUGCCUCAUACCUGAUCAAGUGCAAGAAGAACUCUCAGCCUCCACAUCUGUUUCAUUCUAUCCUUUGUUGUAACAUCAAACAUUAAGAUACCUUUUGCAAGCACAUAAUGAGUUUCAGAGUUAGAGAUCAAGAAAAGGAAUCUGACUCUCCAAGAGAGGUUGGAGAGAUUGACACAAGGGCUCCAUUUCAAUCUGUUAAAGCAGCAGUUAGUUUAUUUGGUGAAGUAGCCGUGUCAAGGGACAAACGUUCUUUCAAGAGAAGAUCAUCAGAGAAUGUGCUGGAAAAGGAGACUCAGCUUCUGUUGGCCCAAAGAGAAUUAACCACCAUAAAGAAAAAGCUGGAUAGUUCUGAGGUCACAAAAGGAAAAGCACUUACAGAGCUUGAUAAGGCCAAUUUAACACUUCUAGAAUUGACGAAGAAGCUCAACAGUGUGAGAGAAUCAAAGCAAACAGCAAUGGAGGCUGCUGAAGCUGUGAAGAAUCAAGCCAAAGUACUUGAACAGGCAUUAUCCCAAAAAGCUAUAGGAUAUGAAGCAUGGAAACAAGAACUAGAGCAUGCAAGAAAAGAGUACACAACAACAGUAAAAGAACUAGAUGCUUCCAAGAAAGAACUCAAUAAAAUCAGGCAGGAUUUUGACGCAGCUUUGGAGGCAAAACUAGCUGCAUUCCAAACAGCGGGAGAGGCUCAGCGUUCUGCAAAAUUGAACUCAGAAAAGCUCCAAGAACUCUCAAACCAAAUUGCAACCAUGAAAGAACAAAUUCAACAUCUGAAGGUUGCCUCAUCACAAGCCCAAGAUGGUCAGGCAAAGGCCUUGGAAGAAAGAGAAACACAGCUAAGUUUCUACAAAAAUGCCAAGGAAGAAGCGCAGAAUAAAUUGAUGGCUUUGAAGAAGGAGUGUGACCAGGAACUAACACAGGGUCUAGAGGCCAAACUUCAUGCAACAAGUAAAGAGAUUCUGGUUCUCCAAGAGCAGGUGAAACAGCAACAUUCUUCAGAGAUAGAUUCAGUGAAAGUUAUAACUUUGGAGAUCGAAGAAGCCAAGAAAACACUUCAGGAAGUUGUGGAAGAGGAAACCUCCCUGAGAAACCUAGUGGAUGUACUUAGGGCAGAGUUAGAACGAGUGAAGAAAGAGCAAGAGGAUCUCACGGAGAAGGAACAGGCAGCAGAAGCCCUUACUGCUACCCUAACUGAUGAACUACUGAUUGGAUCAGAAGAGAUAAGGUCUGCGGCGGAAAGAUCUGAAGACAGUGCUGAAGUAGAAUUGAAGAUCAAACAGCUUUCAUUUGAGACAGAAGUUGCAAGAAGGGAAGAAGAAGAAAUAAGAAGAAAAACUCAAGAGCUGAAGCUUGAGGCUGAAAAAUCCAAAGCUGUGGCACAAGAAUUGGAGAAGAAACUAGAGGCUUAUAUAAAACAGGCUGAGGAAGCCAGAGAUGCAGAACAAAAAGCCAUUGUGGCGAUGAAGAUGAUGUCUGAAAGUGUCAACACUCAUGACUCAGGCUCAGUUUUAGAUGCUAAUGGGAAGAUUGUGUUGACAGUUGAGGAGUUUGCAGCACUGAGUGGGAAAAUCAAGGAAUCUGAAGACUUAAUUGACAGAACAGAAACAGCAUCCAUGGCUCAGGUGGAAGCAAUCAACAUAAGAAAGAAUGAAGUGAACAAAAAGGUGGAGGCAAACCUGAAAGCAAUUGAGGAAAUAAAGGCUGCAACAGACAUGGCUCUCAAGAAUGCAGAGAUGGCAGAUUCUGCAAAGGUUGUAGUUGAGAACGAGCUGAAGAAGUGGCGUAUAGAAGAACAAAACUUGGAAAGCGCAGAAAAUUCUCCAAGAUCAAUCUCUCUGCGUAUUUAAAAGGGUCUAUCAUUUAUCAGUAUUCAGUAGCAUUCACUGCCUUUGUUGCUUAAUUUUUCUUGGGAAUUGAAAAGCUCCUUGCACCACAUGAUCAAUCAUUUAGGCAUCACAAACUCUCUCAUUUAGCUUAAAUGUAAAUGUGAAUUCUUAUUGUCAAAGUUCUGGCUUCUUUAACUCCUAGACAACACAAAAAUUUUCAUGCUCUACAUUCUUAGACAA